UAAAAAUGCAAUAAGAACAACCAAGAGAAAUGGCUUAAGUGGUUUCAAUUGCCGAGAAUGCACAAUUCUUCAGAUUGAUUUAAAAUUCCAGAACAAAGGUUUUCCAAGGGACUGUGAAGCUCGCCCAAUUCCAGGAUUCAAAAACUCAUUUCAUUACUAUUGAGAGAUUCUGUCAGAAUAUUGUCCCUGGCACUCCUUUUGUAUACAUAUCAUGUGAGUCUGGUUUGACUCUUAUUUUCCCUCACAUAGACCAAGGUAAUUGGUGAAAACUACAAUAUGUUUUAGGUUUAAAUGGAAUCUUUAUUCCACAAAGUGAUUUAUUGAAUGUAUUCCACACAGCCUUAAACACAGUUGUCUCCAUGGUCCCAUUUGAUUAGGCCAUGUAAAUACAACAGUUUAAAGACACUAUUGAACUACAUUGUAAAGACAUUGCUACUAACCCUUUGAAUAAUCCCAAUGAUGCUGCUGCUUAUAUAGUUAAGGGUGGAGAGUAAAUUUAAUGAUUUAAUUCCUCUAGCUAUCUAAAGAAAGGAUUCAUGUUCUUGGGAACAAUGAUGGCCACAGGAAUAAACAAAGGAACUCAAUAUUUGAAUGACAAAAUUCAGCCAGGUUAAGAAGUGUAAGUUGACCCAAACACAAAGACUAAACUAUAGGCUACUAAAGAAAAAGUCAGUGAAGUCUUCGAUGUAACAGGACAAUAUCUUGGAUAAUUGUUUAAGCCAGUGGCAUAGAAAACCAAGGAGCUAACAAAUGAACUAGGCCAAAAAAUUGAUAAUUCAGACAGCCAUAGUAAAUAUAAUAGAAAUCAUAAUCCUAGUUUUGAAAUAGAGUAAACAAUUGACAUCAGCUACUUGGGAUGCAGCAGGAACAGCUCUCUCAGGAUUAGGCACAGCCUUAUGCUAAGUAGGAAGUUCUAUUGGAAAUGGAACAAAAUAAAUAGUUCAAAAGAAAUACGGAACUGAAGUUGUUAAUACUUAUUUAGGUGGUGAUUAGUAGUAACAGUAAGUACAAUAAGAACAACAACAACAAUAAUAAUAGUUGGAUCAAUAUCAACCAUUGAUUGAAGAGUAACCAGCCCCUUCUUCAUGAAAAAUAUCAUAUAAUUAU